AUGAAGUCAAUAGUAAGAGAUGUCAUUACCAAGCUUGGUUUGGGUUCUAAGAGAUUUGUUUCAGGGGGGCCAAAUCAGAUGUUCCCUCCUGAAACUCCUCUGCACAAUCUUGGUUCCAAGAGACUUGUUCCGGGUGGGCCAAAUCAGAUGUUCCCUCCUAGAACUCCUCUGCACAACCUUGGUUCCAAGAGACUUGUUCCGGAUGGGCCAAAUCAGAUGUUCCCUCCUGAAACUCCUCUGCACAACCUUGGUUCCAAGAGACUUGUUCCAGAUGGGCCAAAUCAGAUGUUCCCUCCUGAAACUCCUCUGCACAACCUUGGUUCCAAGAGACUUGUUCCGGGUGGGCCAAAUCAGAUGUUCCCUCCUCGAACUCCUCUGCACAACCUUGGUUCCAAGAGAUUUGUUCCGGAUGGGCCAAAUCAGAUGUUCCCUCCUAGAACUCCUCUGCACAACCUUGGUUCCAAGAGACUUGUUCCGGAUGGACCAAAUCAGAUGUUCCCUCCUGAAACUCCUCUGCACAACCUUGGUUCCAAGAGACUUGUUCCGGAUGGGCCAAAUCAGAUGUUCCCUCCUGAAACUCCUCUGCACAACCUUGGUUCCAAGAGACUUGUUCCGGAUGGGCCAAAUCAGAUGUUCCCUCCUGAAACUCCUCUGCACAACCUUGGUUCCAAGAGACUUGUUCCGGAUGGGCCAAAUCAGAUGUUCCCUCCUGAAACUCCUCUGCACAACCUUGGUUCCAAGAGACUUGUUCCGGAUGGGCCAAAUCAGAUGUUCCCUCCUGAAACUCCUCUGCACAACCUUGGUUCCAAGAGACUUGUUCCGGAUGGGCCAAAUCAGAUGUUCCCUCCUGAAACUCCUCUGCACAACCUUGGUUCCAAGAGACUUGUUCCGGAUGGGCCAAAUCAGAUGUUCCCUCCUGAAACUCCUCUGCACAACCUUGGUUCCAAGAGACUUGUUCCGGAUGGGCCAAAUCAGAUGUUCCCUCCUGAAACUCCUCUGCACAACCUUGGUUCCAAGAGACUUGUUCCGGAUGGGCCAAAUCAGAUGUUCCCUCCUGAAACUCCUCUGCACAACCUUGGUUCCAAGAGACUUGUUCCGGAUGGGCCAAAUCAGAUGUUCCCUCCUGAAACUCCUCUGCACAACCUUGGUUCCAAGAGACUUGUUCCGGAUGGGCCAAAUCAGAUGUUCCCUCCUGAAACUCCUCUGCACAACCUUGGUUCCAAGAGACUUGUUCCGGAUGGGCCAAAUCAGAUGUUCCCUCCUGAAACUCCUCUGCACAACCUUGGUUCCAAGAGACUUGUUCCGGAUGGGCCAAAUCAGAUGUUCCCUCCUGAAACUCCUCUGCACAACCUUGGUUCCAAGAGACUUGUUCCGGAUGGGCCAAAUCAGAUGUUCCCUCCUGAAACUCCUCUGCACAACCUUGGUUCCAAGAGACUUGUUCCGGAUGGGCCAAAUCAGAUGUUCCCUCCUGAAACUCCUCUGCACAACCUUGGUUCCAAGAGACUUGUUCCGGAUGGGCCAAAUCAGAUGUUCCCUCCUGAAACUCCUCUGCACAACCUUGGUUCCAAGAGACUUGUUCCGGAUGGGCCAAAUCAGAUGUUCCCUCCUGAAACUCCUCUGCACAACCUUGGUUCCAAGAGACUUGUUCCGGAUGGGCCAAAUCAGAUGUUCCCUCCUGAAACUCCUCUGCACAACCUUGGUUCCAAGAGACUUGUUCCGGAUGGGCCAAAUCAGAUGUUCCCUCCUGAAACUCCUCUGCACAACCUUGGUUCCAAGAGACUUGUUCCGGAUGGGCCAAAUCAGAUGUUCCCUCCUGAAACUCCUCUGCACAACCUUGGUUCCAAGAGACUUGUUCCGGAUGGGCCAAAUCAGAUGUUCCCUCCUGAAACUCCUCUGCACAACCUUGGUUCCAAGAGACUUGUUCCGGAUGGGCCAAAUCAGAUGUUCCCUCCUGAAACUCCUCUGCACAACCUUGGUUCCAAGAGACUUGUUCCGGAUGGGCCAAAUCAGAUGUUCCCUCCUGAAACUCCUCUGCACAACCUUGGUUCCAAGAGACUUGUUCCGGAUGGGCCAAAUCAGAUGUUCCCUCCUGAAACUCCUCUGCACAACCUUGGUUCCAAGAGACUUGUUCCGGAUGGGCCAAAUCAGAUGUUCCCUCCUGAAACUCCUCUGCACAACCUUGGUUCCAAGAGACUUGUUCCGGAUGGGCCAAAUCAGAUGUUCCCUCCUGAAACUCCUCUGCACAACCUUGGUUCCAAGAGACUUGUUCCGGAUGGGCCAAAUCAGAUGUUCCCUCCUGAAACUCCUCUGCACAACCUUGGUUCCAAGAGACUUGUUCCGGAUGGGCCAAAUCAGAUGUUCCCUCCUGAAACUCCUCUGCACAACCUUGGUUCCAAGAGACUUGUUCCGGAUGGGCCAAACCUUGGUUCCAAGAGACUUGUUCCGGGUGGGCCAAAUCAGAUGUUCUCUCCUGAAACUCCUCUGCACAACCUUGGUUCCAAGAGACUUGUUCCGGAUGGGCCAAAUCAGAUGUUCCCUUCUGAAACUCCUCUGCACAACCUUGGUUCCAAGAGACUUGUUCCGGGUGGGCCAAAUCAGAUGUUCCCUCCUGAAACUCCUCUGCACAACCUUGGUUCCAAGAGACUUGUUCCGGAUGGGCCAAAUCAGAUGUUCCCUCCUGAAACUCCUCUGCACAACCUUGGUUCCAAGAGACUUGUUCCGGAUGGGCCAAAUCAGAUGUUCCCUCCUGAAACUCCUCUGCACAACCUUGGUUCCAAGAGACUUGUUCCGGAUGGGCCAAAUCAGAUGUUCCCUCCUAGAACUCCUCUGCACAACCUUGGUUCCAAGAGACUUGUUCCGGAUGGGCCAAAUCAGAUGUUCCCUCCUAGAACUCCUCUGCACAACCUUGGUUCCAAGAGAUUUGUUCCAGAUGAGCCAAAUCAGAUGUUCCCUCCUGAAACUCCUCUGCACAACCUUGGUUCCAAGAGACUUGUUCCGGAUGAGCCAAAUCAGAUGUUCCCUCCUGAAACUCCUCUGCACAACCUUGGUUCCAAGAGACUUGUUCCGGAUGGGCCAAAUCAGAUGUUCCCUCCUGAAACUCCUCUGCACAACCUUGGUUCCAAGAGACUUGUUCCGGAUGGGCCAAAUCAGAUGUUCCCUCCUGAAACUCCUCUGCACAACCUUGGUUCCAAGAGACUUGUUCCGGAUGGGCCAAAUCAGAUGUUCCCUCCUGAAACUCCUCUGCACAACCUUGGUUCCAAGAGACUUGUUCCGGAUGGGCCAAAUCAGAUGUUCCCUCCUGAAACUCCUCUGCACAACCUUGGUUCCAAGAGACUCGUUCUGGGUGGGCCAAAUCAGAUGUUCCCUCCUGAAACGCACAAAUUAUAUGUUCCCUCCUGA